AUGGAAAGUAGAUUUGUUCCUGUCAUUACUAUUAUCGGACAAAAAGGGGUCGAUUUAGAAGAAUUUGAGGAGAAAACGUCUUCUUAUCAAGUUUUAGGGGCUAAAUAUUGCUUUUCAAUUUCGGCACUAAACGGAACUAACUGUGAUAAAUUAACCCAAGAAAUAAUUAAUUUGCUUCCUUCUCCCCGCGACGAGAGAAUUGUUAACCCAGAUAAAAAUUUAAAUUUGCUUAUUUUUGGACCACCUAACUCGGGAAAAUCUACGCUUAUGAACUAUUUGCUACAAGAAAAUCGCUCGCUAGCCACUUCUAUCGCGGGAACUACUCAGGAACCAGUAAUUACGAUAAUUGAUGCUUCCUCACCUUUGACUAAACAAAUAUUACAAAUAGUUAAUUUAGGUGAAAAAUAUAACAAACCUCUAAUUAUAAUUGUUAAUAAAUGUGAUUUAAUAAAAAGUAAAAAAGAAUUAGUGGAAGAAAUAAAAUUUCGGCUAAAAUCAUUGAGUUAUUGUCCGAUAAUUUGUCUUUCGGCGUUAAAAGGCACCGGGAUUGACUUGCUAAUGAAAAACUUGGAAGAAUUAAUAACUAAAUCACAGAAAAAAUUCACCAGAAAAGAACUCGAAGAAACCACCGCCCAAGUGCUGGCUAAUAAUCCGCCUAAAUAUCAUAAAGGUGAAAACGUUGAUAAAGACCAAGUGAAAAAUAUGUUAAGUGCGAUGGGGAAAAAACCUUCACCCGAACAAGUAAAUCGAAUUCUCAGCAACGUCGAGAAUAUGAAAACCAAAAAAACUAAGGGAACUAUAAUUGUACCAAAAAACACCAAAACUACCGCACUUCUAAGGCCAAGAAGCCGCAAGGCUAAGGGCUAUUUUGGUUCCAAGCGUAAAUUAUUUAAAACGGCUAAGGAACAAUUGAUGAACGCCAAAGUUGAUGCUUAUAGCGGUCGCAAACAAAAAAAAAGAGAUUUUCGCCGGUUAUGA